GCCAAUCAGGGCCAAGCUUUGGAACCCCGCCCCCUGGAGGCAUCUCCGGUCCCCAUGGCGACGCAUGUGUUGCUUUGGUACACACUGUGAGUCUCCCUCUCUUGGCCUGAGAGCCAUAUCACCCUCUGAGGCCUCUCUCUCAGUAUUGGCAGCAGCCAUGGCCAAGCUAAUGGAGGCUCCCCCCAAGUUCCUGCUGCCCGAGUGGCGCCUCUCCCACAAGGCCCAGUGCAGCGGUGCCGAGGCCCAGCGCUCCCAGUCCGAGCGCAAUGUGGCCGAGAGCCAGAGGCUGGUGGAGGAAGUGGAGCGCUGCACCCAGAAGGCCCAGGGAGACUCCAGCAAGAGGAUCGAGCAGCGGCUGGAGGAGAUCGGUUUCUGGCGGGAGCAGCUGCGGGAGAAGCUUGACCACUUGGCCGAAGAGACCGAGGCCCUGAUGGACGCUGAGGUCCGGCUGCGGAAAGGCAUGGAGGGCAUCCGGGAGCCCCUCCUCAUCACCCAGCAGUGCCUCCUCAACAGGGAGCGCCGCGUGGGGCCGGACCUGGUGCGGGACGAGGCGGAGAAGGAGCUGCAGAAGGAGGCCGAGGUGUUGCAAGGGGCAGAGGCGCUGAUGGAACGCACACGGGAACAAGUCCUGGAACAGAUCAGGUUGAACCGCUCAGCCAAGUACACCGUGGAAAAGGACCUGGCCGACAAGGAGGCCGCCCUCAACAUCGACACCUACUGCGCCGCCCUCAACAACAACACGCCCGACAUCCGCUAUGCUCAGAACGUGGUCAAAGUGGAGGAGAACUCGGUCAGCCCCGAGGAGUGGAUUGACUUCUCGGAUGCCAACGCCAACAAGGCCGACCGCCAGCGGAACAACUCCAAGUCUCUGCAGGUCCUGGUUGACCGCAUCCUGGCCCAGGUGGCCGCCGACGGGCGCAGGCAGAAGGCGGCCGCGGACAACGCCCUCCGGGAGCGCAUCAAGGAGACCAAGGAGGCCAAGCGCAUGCUGGAGGAGCACCUGGACAAGGUGAUGGAGCAGAUCGGCUCGCAAGAGAAGAACAUCACGGCCCUGCGGAAGGCCAUCGUGGACAAGGAGGGUCCAGCUAAGGUGGCACAGACCCGCCUGGAGGCCCGCACCUACCGGCCCAACGUGGAGCUCUGCCGGGACACGGCCCACAUGCGCCUCAUGCGUGAAGUCAAUGAGAUUGAGCGCAACAUCUGCAGGUUGCAGGAGGCGCUGGCGCAGGCCGAGCGGGAGCUAAAGGGUCUCCUCCGGCGGCAGCUGUCCCUCGAGGAGGAGAUCCAGGUCAAGGCCAACUCCAUCUACAUCGACGAGGUCCUCUGCCUGCAGAUGCGGGAGUCCAUCACCAUCAACGAUUUCUGACCUCACUAACCUCCCGUUCUCCAUUGAUUGAUAGAGAAGAAUAAAAG